AGAAUUUCAGUCAGUCAGCAAAAGAUGUGAGUGAAAUCGGGUCAAUUUUUUUUGUAUAAAAAAGAACACAAAUAAACAAUUUUUCGACUUGCAAAAUGAAAGAGACCGAAAUUUCGGAAAAUCAAAAUUUAACUCAAAAACACAAGAUGAAACCAGCAAGUGCACUCAGUGAAAACAAGGGGUUAUUUGCAUUGGUAUUGUCAGAUUUUUCUCGUCUGCGUGAUGAACCCAAUUUUGACAAUGAAAAGCCAAAGGCCCAUAUGGAUCACAAUAUGAAGCACUCUAAUGUGGAAAAUUUAGGGGAAAUACCUAACGAAAAAGUUUCGGAAACAUCUGAGGAAAGGGACACAUCUUUAGGAGAACUGGAAAAAAAGAAAGAAAUCGCAGAAACCAAAGAGGAAAACAUAUUAAAAGCCAUCCCGCCAAGCCAUGAGGAAGAUCCUAAAAAGCCGAAUGCCGAUCCAAAUAUAAAGCAAUCUCAUGUAAACAAUUUCGAGGAAUUUCGACCUAACGAAAAAGUUCAAGAAAGCUCCGAAGAAAGGGACGAAUUGUCAGAAGAACUGGAAACCAAGAAGGAAAUCCUGGAAACCAAGGAGGAAAACCUAUUAAAAGCCAUUCCGCCAAGCCAUAGAGAUCCUAAAAAAGAACUUGAGGAUGAAGAGCCAGAAGACAUCGCCCAAGCCAAAAUAAAAUGCCAAGAACUGAAUAUGGAACCAAAAGAGUCUCUGGAAUCAAAUGAAGUUACAGUCAAGGCGGAAAACCCUUCUGAACUUAGUAACCCCUCCGAAGAAACAACUUCUAUGAAACCCAUGGAGCAAAGUCUAGGAGAGUUAAAAGAUGGAGCUUCUGAAAAAACGCUAAGAGUCGAAGAACACCAAGAAAAUCUGAAGCAAACCAAGCAGUUGGAUGCCGAAGAUUCAAUGGAAAAUCCAAAGGAAGAAAUUAAAGCAUGCAAGGAACAUGAGAAAAGCUCUACAGAAACAACAGAAAAAGCCCAAGAAUCGGUCGCCCCAAAGGAUCCAAAUCAAAUGACAGCCAAUUCCUCUCCAGAAAACCCGGCAGAUCCGCGUGAACAAAUCAAAAAGGACAUGGAAAACUAUUUCAACGGCAUUCAAGCCCUGGAGGAAAAAAAGAAAAUGCUCGAUAAAAUUGAUGCCGCGGAAGCUGAAUCCAUUUUGAAGGAGGAACGACGAAGGAGCACCUGGAAUAGAAUUCUCUCAAAUCUCACCAAAGUUGCCUCUUUAAUCAGUACUGAUACCUCUUCUGCGGAAAAGGCUUCUCAAUCUGUGGUAGAUAAUCUUAUUCUGCAGCGAACAGCCAAGGCGGAAUACAAAAAGAAAAUGAGUGUCCUUAAGGAUAACUUUACCUAUCGCCUGGAGCUGAUAAAGCAACUAAAACACGACCUGAAAAACAAGUUUAAGAGCGAGGCCCAGCAACUCCAAACCGAUUAUCAUUACAUUAAGAACCAGACACGAAACAAAACCACUUUAAAUGAGGUGCACGGCGUUCACUCAAUUUCAAAUACUUUCGAUCAAGAGUAAAAAUUUGUAGAUGUCUCACCUGAAUUUAAUCCCGGAACCAGUGACCCGAUUUCAACUCUUGUAGAGUUGUCACCCCUCUAAAAGUAUGAGGUUCGUGGGACUGUACCGUUUGGAUUCAUUGUGUGCACUUGCUUCUUUGCAUCUUGAAGAAGUGCAACUGUAUCUCAUUAACUGAGUUUUAAUUGUACAGUCACCACUCUGUUCGCCCCUCGGAAUGCAACAUUAUUUUUUCACCCCACCGAGUAACCUUAAAUUUGCGCCACUUCUGUUUUGCAUGUCGAAAUAAAAACAGCUCACAGCGAAGACAAUGAAAAUUGACCCAAA